AUUUGGAAUGAUAACUAUACGGCGGUUAUGAUGAGUUAGUUUAUGCAUUCGACAAUCGAGAAGCGCAUUUUUCAAAACGUUCAACCGUUGCGUUUAUGGUGAUGAACGUAUCGCCGGCAAAGCAUAGUUUCACGUUGACCCUUGCGCCGUCGUUCGCGUGUAUUAUCGACGUUACGUGAAUCGUUUCGCCGAGUCACGUCAACACGAUCGGAAAGUCACCGGGCCAUCCAUUCGCUGAUACGGGCUGUACCGAUUGCUGUUAUCGGCCGCGCGAAGCGAGAGGGGCAAGCGGUUCCAGCGCAAUAGCGCAUUCCGGCAAGUACGCACUAUCAACAUGUCCAUUCUCGCCGCAAGAGUUUCGGCCACGGUAUCACAGGUAGGAUCCCGUCUACUGUCAUCCAUGGCUCAGGCACUGGAAACUCACGGAGUUGUUCCAGACGUGAUAGAGAAGGCACCUUCAGCUCUGCUGAAUGUGAGCUAUCCCAAUAACAUAAAGGUUGAGAUUGGCAAAGUGCUCACUCCGACUCUGGUCAAGGACCAACCCACUGUUCAGUGGGAUGCCGAGGCAAAUGCACUUUACACUUUGUGUAUGACUGAUCCUGAUGCUCCGAGUAGAGAAAAUCCGAAAUUUCGGGAAUGGCAUCAUUGGUUGGUCGGCAAUAUUCCUGGAUCAGAUGUGUCCAAGGGAGAGGUUCUCUCCGAGUACGUUGGUUCUGGACCACCGCAGGGUACAGGCCUGCAUCGAUACGUAUUCCUGUUGUACAAACAAAAUAACAAGCUCACCUUCACUGAAAAGCGUCUGACUAAUCGCAGUGGUGACAACCGCGGCAAAUUUUCCAUUAAGAACUUUGCUGCGAAAUAUAAGCUCGGCGAUCCGAUCGCUGCUAACAUGUUUCAGGCAGAGUACGACGAUUACGUACCAAUACUGUAUAAACAGCUUGGAAAUUAAAUUUAUACAGUAUAUUUUGUAACACGAUGCGAUGAUGCAUAUAUUUUACAGCUUUAGAAUUAAGUCUCAGUUCCGGUGUUCUUUACCAUGUGAAACACUUGUAUUUCUCUAUAAAAUAAACAGAUUUUCAAACUA